UUUCGGUCUACCUUUCUCCAUUUAAAUACGAGUAGUUUCCAUUACAAACAUUUAACAUAUAUACUCCCCUUCAACGUCUUCAAGCACUCCCUCCUUAAACAUUUGUACAAAAAAAAAACAGGCAAAUAAUUACAAGCUAAGAAGCGAAGAUGAUGCAGAUGGAUCGAAGACCCUGUUUAGAUGAAUACGAAAAGCUUCUCGUUCGAAUGAACACUCCACGGGUAAUGACCGACAAUGCUAGCUGUGUUAACGCAACUCGUGUCAUGAUUGAUAGUGCAAGGAAAGAUGAAAUAUUGUUAGAAGCAGUUCAAGUUCUCACAGAUCUUAACCUAUGUAUCAAAAAAGGUUAUGUUUCCUCUGAUGGAAGGUGGAACAUGGAUGUUUUCCAUGUGACUGAUUUGGAUGGCAACAAAUUAACGGAUAACAGCAUCAUCAAUUGCAUUGAACAGUCUCUAUCUGUUCACAAUACAAGAUCAAAUCCCAUUGAUGGAACGACGGCACUAGAGUUAACUGGCACGGACAGAGUUGGUCUGUUAUCCGAAAUUUUUGCUGUGUUAUCAUAUCUCAAGUGUGACGUGGUAGAGUCCAAAGUUUGGACACAUAAUGGCCGAGUAGCGUCUCUCAUUUACUUAAAAGACAUGGAUACCGGAUGCCCAAUUGAGGAUGCUAAGAAAAUCAACACAAUUAGAGCCCGUUUAAGAAACGUCCUUAAAGGGGAUAUCAAUAUCAGAAGUGCAAAAACCUCAGUUGCAGUCACACACACGGAAAGAAGGCUUCACCAGAUGAUGUUUGCAGACCGUGAUUAUGCAAGAAAUUCGGUUUUAAAGAAAGAUGUGGGGAGUCUCCCUAUUGUUUCAGUUCAAAAUUGUCUAGAUAAGGGUUACUCGGUUCUAAACAUCCAAUCCAAGGACCGGCCCAAGCUUCUGUUCGAUGUUGUGUGCAGUUUGACAGACAUGCAUUAUGUCAUUUUUCAUGCUACUAUCAACACUACAGAAGAAGGCGCUCACCUGGAAUUCUUUAUUAAACACAUGGAUGGAACCCCAAUUAAUUCAGAAGCCGAAAAGGAACGAGUGGUUCUAUGCUUGUCAGCUGCCAUAGAAAGAAGAGCAACAGAGGGUGUAAGGCUUGAGCUGUGCAAGGCAGACAAACCAGGGCUAUUAGCUGAAGUGAUGCGGAUAUUCAGAGAAAACGCACUAAAUGUCAUACGAGCAGACAUAUCAACCACUGUGGGUAUGGCUCACAACAUGUUCUAUGUAACAGAUGCCAGUGGAAACCGGGUAGACUCAAAGGUGAUUGACUCGGUUCAACAAAGAAUCGGGAUGGUUGAGUUAAGAGUAAAGGAAUCACACCAUCAUCAGAAGAUAGACCAUCAAGAACAUUAUGCAAAUAGUCUUGGUGGAGCAGUUUUGGUGUCACUUGGGAGUUUGUUAAGGAGGAACCUAUACAAUUUAGGGUUGAUCAAAUCAUACUCUUGAAACAUAUGAAAAAGAGUGAGAUUUAUUUUGUUUAGCUUAUAUUUAGGGUGAAUGUGCUUUGUAAAUGAAAAGUGAAGAUUGUGAUUACUUAGGUUUUUUGUUUAUUUAGCAUAUAUAGGCCCUUUGGCCUUAUAGCAAUAGAUCAUGUAUAUAAAGUUAUACGAUAUAUAUAUGUAAUACGACUAUACGAGUCCUUGAUAAUUGUGAAAACCAUAGUUCAUAUUUGCACA